AUGGCUACCACAACAACUGUAACAGAAUCAGAGGGCCUCCCUCCCAGCCGGUAUCUCUGCCUGACCAUCCUGGGCUAUCGAAAGCCCGGGAUGAGCGAGGAAGCAUAUCGUCGGCAUAUGAUCCAGGUCUCGGCGCCUUUGACGAAGGAUCUCAUGGUCAAAUACGGUGUCAAACGGUGGACGGUGAUUCACAAUCCCACGCAAACUCGUCUCAUGAUGAACCGAAUUUACGAUCGCCAAAUGUCAAAUAUUACCGACUAUGAUUGCUUCAGUCAGGUGGUGUUUGAGAGCGUCGAACACUACAAGAUGAUGAAGGAGGAUCCGUACUAUAAAGAGCAUUUGUUCGGGGACCACGAGAACUUUGCAGAUACAAAACGGAGCCAAAUGACAAUUGGCUGGAUCGAGGAGUGGAUUAACGAUGGAGCUGUGCGUGAGGGCUUGGAGUUUCCCAGUGAUUCCCAGGGAGUCUCGGGUCUUCUGUCGAAAUCUGCUCUGGCCAUGACUGUUGUUCUUGGGUCGUAUAUAUUAUUUUCAAAGUAG